AUGGCUUCCAAACAGACAAUCGCCAUUGUAGGCGCCGGCCCCGGGGGACUCUGUCUCGGCGCACUCCUCCAGAAGCAAGGAAUCCCAUACACCAUUUAUGAACUCCGCGACGCCCCCUCAGACAGCAUCAUGUCAACGCCAUCUGGCAUGCUCGAUCUCCACGACGAUGCAGGCCUAGCUGCCAUCCAAGCCUGCGGGCUCUGGGACCAGUUCUCGGCUCUCACCAACGACUGCAGCCAAGAUACCCUCAUCGUGGAUGACCAGGGCACUCUUCACUACAAGGAUUCUGGGUCGGGCCGUAAUCGACCCGAGGUGGCGCGCAACUCGCUCACUCAUCUUCUGCUGGCGGCCAACAACCCCGAGGCGCUGAAAUGGAACCACAAGCUCCGCAGGGCAGCGAGCAGCUCAACAGGCCAGUUUACAUUGGACUUUGGUGACAAUGGCACCUUUACACACGACCUCGUUGUGGGAGCAGACGGCGCAUGGUCCAAGGUUCGGCCUCUCGUGACCCUUGUCGAGCCCCAACACGGUGGCAUGUAUUACACGACCCUGCAUAUCCCCAACGCGUCAGAGCGAUAUCCCCAUCUCGCACGCCUCGUUGGACAUGGCACAAGCUUCCUUCUCGGCGGCAAAAACGGCCUCGUUACCCACCGAGGCGUCGGAGGCUCCAUCUGUCUUCAUGUCAGCGCCUCAUCCUCGAACAAGGACGACUUUGCCCAGUUCGAGGACAAUACCGACCCUGCCGUUGUCCGAGACGCGCUGCUCCAUGACCCGAAGCUGUUCCAGGCAUGGAGCCCCGCAAUCCAAGAGCUCAUCGAGACGGCGCUGGAUAACGAAUUGACGCCCCGCGAUCCUCGGGCCCUGAACAUGAGACGGAUGUACAUGCUCCCCGUUGGGCACACGUGGGAAAAUACCCCAGGCGUGACACUGAUAGGCGACGCAGCACACCUGAUGAUGCCCUGGGCCGGAGAAGGCGUCAACCUUGCCAUGCGCGAUGCGCUCGAGCUGUCCAAAGCCAUUGCGAGCGCGUGGAACGAGCCAGACUCCCGAGACGCCGGCCCGUUGUCUACGGCCGAGUAUGAAAAGGAAAUGUUUGCCAGGGCCCGCGCAUCCGCCGAGGAGACGUGGUCUAAUUCGAAGAUACUGUUUGCCGACAAUGGGGCCAAGGCCAUGGCUGAUUUGAUGGCCAGCUAUGGGCCGUCCCAUGAGUAG